AUGCACUCACACCUGGACACACAUGCACAAGAUGGUGGCUAUGCACCAUUUCUUUCUCUGAGUUCCAGAAAAACUGCUGAUGUGUUUGCCUCUGACACUGGAAAAGCUGCUCCAGGUCCAGCAGACUACAGUGUAUCACAAGCACAGUAUAAAAUAAAAGGAGGCCAUAGUCUGCAAAACCGAGAGAAACGAUUUAAGAAGCUUACUUCGGAUGGUCCAGGACCUGCAAGCUAUGUUCGACCUUAUCCUGGGACAUUGUGCACCAGGAGCAGACAGAAAAUUUCUAGAGCACCUGCAGUUUUCAGGAGCAUUGAUAUUCCUUCAAUUCCCUCUCCUGGAAAGUCACACGGCUAUCAUCUCAAUGACGAUGACAGUAUCAGGAAGCGCACACCACCUGCUGGUGAUGACACAAUAGGCCCAGCGUACUACAAGCCUCAGUUUGAUUAUCCUAAAUCGACUUUGAAAUACAAAGGUGUGCAUUUUGGCAAUGCUACAGGAAGACAAGAAUUGCUCAAACAUUCAGGUCCUGGUCCUGGACAGUAUGAUAUCAUCCAGAAAAGGAAAGUGCAUUAUGAAAAUAUUAACAUCAAGAAAGAGCAACAGGAAAAUGAAUGUAUAUUUGCCCCACGGCUUUAUGAACAAAUAAUGUUGCAGGAGGAAAAAAAGGGAGUACCAGGACCUGGAAAGUAUGAAAUUAAAAGUCAAUUUGAGAAGACACAGAGUAUCACAGCAAAUGCAAAUGAUGCAUCUUCCGUUUUCCUUUCUGAAUCCGAGAGAUUUGCGUCUAUCAAAUCAAGUACCCCAGCUCCUGGCACAUAUAAUGAAACACGAACUGCUUUUAAGUGCUCAAAGAAAAGAUCAGGACACAAGUCUCCAUUUGGGCAAAGUGCUGCCCGAUUCAUAGAGGACUGCACGGCACAGGAAAUGCCAGGUCCUGGUUCUUAUGAUAUUGCAAGUAACACUGUAAUUGCCAAAGUUCAAAACACCUGCUUGAAGAAACCAAAGAAAACUGCAUUUGGUUCUACUGUUCCUCGAACAUUGAUCACAGAUCAGAAAGAAGUUUCCAGUGGUCCAGCACCUUGUGAUUAUCAGGUUGGUGGAAUUCUUGAUGAAUUACCCAACAUGAUUAACGAAAAUGCUGCUUUGUUGUCAAGAACAGAAAGAAUUCCAGUAGUGCCAGAUACGAUGAUGCCAGCUCCAGGCAGCUAUGAUGUUCAGAAAUCGUAUGACAUGUCCCAAGUUAAGCACAACUACAUGCCACCUCGUAGUGCAGUGGCUCAAAAAAAGCAUUCUUCGUUCUUGAGUGCAACUCCUCGGUGCCUGGGGAAAGUCGAUGAUGGGCCAGGACCUGCAACAUACAAUCCUGUUUUAAUGAAGUCUUCUGCCAUAAUCUCAUUUUGUAAAGGACCAAAGCGUUUUGGACAUUUUCCCCAAGAGUUUUCUCCUGGUCCAACGACAUACGAGCUCAGUCCGUUUUUAAGACAUUCGGUUCUGAAGAGAACAUACAAUGUCACUCUGCCAUAUUCAUCCUCUAAGAGAGAAAAUACCUCUCAUCCAGAACAGAAAGCCAAACAGAAACAUUGAAGAGAGAUAGUGCAGUAUUCUAACUGAUUGCAUAGCGUCUUCUGAAACUAUGAAAGCCAGUCCUUAAAGGUGGAGGCCUCCAGAUCAGCUUUUGUUCUGGUAAUCAUACCCUUAAAGAAUUACUGAUGGUUCCUCUGUUAACUUCAUCAAGACCUACAAAGUAAGAUGGUGGAAGAACAAAGCAUCAUGAAUUGCUUCAUUUAUAAGAAGACUGACAGAAGAGAACUCAACUUAAAAUCUGACCAUCAGAUCCUCAGUAACUAGACCAUGAAUCAAGUAUCCAUUCCUUGUUCAAUAUGCAAUUACUCCAGGUGCGGGAUUCAGUUGCUGUUCCCUGUUCAAGCAGAGGACUCUAAUCUGUGUCUCGAGUUUGUGCCAGUUGAGAAAACCUAACCAUUACAAACGGUGAUAGACGAGGACCCAGUCUUCUGGAGGCAUAAGUAGGUGACCUGGACACUCUGAAUCCCUUUAUGAAGAUUCUUCAUGGAAUCAGCAACACGACUGAAUUUCAGGGUGAUCUCUGCCUCACCCCAAGUCCAGAUGUUGCAUGUUUUAUAUUUUUAUAUCAUUGUCUCUUCCAAAUGUCACAUGCAUUAAAUCAUACCAUACUGCAGUCUUUUUAUUUUUUCCUUUAGUAAUAUGCAUUUAAAUUUUUUCUAUGUUGCUUCAUUUUUUAUUGAAUUUUAUU